AUGGAGCGGCGCGUGGUGAGCCUCUUCGUCGACUUCUUCGACUCUUACUCUUACAACAUCGUCCACUACCUGCGCAAGGUGAACGGUGCGGAACCGAUAGUCGUGCACCCGGGGGAACUAACCAUUGACGAUUUUGUGAGGAAAUAUUAUCCCCAAGUCGACAAUGUAGUGAUCUCCCCAGGGUAUGGAAAUCCUCAAACGGGGGGAAGGAGCAGAGACGAUCUAAUCGCAGGGAUGCUGGAGAGGAAGAUCGACAUUCCCAUCCUAGGCAUCUGCUUUGGGCACCAAUUAAUCUGCCACCUCUAUGGGUGUAAAAUAAAAAAAGUAAAGAACAUGUUUCAUGGGGACACAAAUAUAAUUCAUAUAUGCAAGUACGAAAAUAUAGCUAGCGAUUUGUUUGAAAAUGUACAGGACGGGUUCAAAGCGACAUGUUACAAUUCCCUAAAGGUGUCCAAAAGGGUCCCUGAUCCGUUGCGGAUUACAUGCUACUCACUUUGUGGAGAGGAAUUCAUAGUUAUGGGCACGCAACAUAAAUACCUCCCAUACUACACUGUCCAGUAUCACCCGGAGUCUAUCGAAAGUGACUUCAGCGACACCUUUUUUGAAAAUUUUAAAAAAAUUACACUGAAGCGAAGCGGUGGGCGUAGGGGGGGAGAAGCCACGGUCAACUAUACAGAGCACCAACUGUGGAGUAACCUCCUGCAGGGAGGAGGUUCUUUUGAGCUUCCCCCAAAUGAACGGGGACAGAAAGCAUGGAAAAUAAAAAUUAUAAAACUGUCAGGGGUGCAUAACUUGCGUAAUUUCUCGCAUGCCAUUUUCAGAGCCAUUUUUUAUGACCCAAAUGAUGUGUCUUUUUGGCUGGACAGCAACGGGGAAGUUUUGGAUGCCCCUCCGGAGGGCUACUACUCCAAGGGGGAGGGGAUCCAACACGAAGGAGAUGCCACUAGGGAUAGAAGUGGUAUCCAUAGCGGCCAUGUACAUAGCAGCCACCUGCAUGCCAAUCACCUCCAUAGCGGCUACCUCCAUACCAGCUGCCGAUUUUCCUACAUGGGAAAUGCGAAAGGCCGUUUAAGCGAACUGUUAGAAUAUUACUACGCAGAGAAUGGGGGAGGGCACCAAAUGAAUGGCACAAUCGUUCAGUUGGGGAAGAGGUCGAGCGAGGAAUCGUAUCGAGUGACGCACUACAGUGAGGAUCCAGACAACUGUCUGGUGCAUCACAUGAGAGAUCGGAUAAAUCUCUUUAAGGGUAAUUAUAACAUCCACUUGGAGGAGGUCAAAAUGGAGAAGUGCCAUGGCACCUUCAAUCAGUGCAGAACGGGGCGGGGUGAGAACAUGACCAAUUUUUCCACAGGGGGGGAAGCAGCAGCGGAAGAAGCAGCAGUAGAAGAGGGACAACUCCCCCCGGAUGGUUAUCCUUACGAAGGUUACCUUCCCAAAGGGGCAAUCCAAGAGGACCAAUUCGUGAGGCAUAGAAACUCCUGCCUCUUGGGCUACUUUGGCUUCUUUACAUACGAAUAUAAUUACGAGACGAUGAAAAUCUUGUAUAAAAAAAAGUGGAAGAAUCAUGCCCAGGACAGGGAAUCGAAGAAUGCCAUCCCAAUUUCUGUUUUUAUUUUCCCUCAGAAUUUUAUCUCACUCGAUUUGGUAAAUAAUAAUAUUUACUUAAUUUCGCUCGAACCGAAAGAUGCCUAUUUUAAGUCUCCGUUGGGGCACUCCCCCACAUUUUGGAGCAGCCAAGAUGUGCACAACGUCUUGCAGUACAAUGCCAGAUGGAAUCACGAAGCCAUCCACAAAAUCGUCAGAAUUGUUAAGACAAAACUGGAAUGCGAUCAGCACUGUCAGGUCCCCUCCUUUGUAUGCAUCACCCCCCCGGAGUGUUUCCCAUACCAUGAGCAGCUGCCGCACACGAACGAAGCAAACGAAAACAAGAUUGUAUUUUCUCCACUGGUAGGUAAAGAUGAAUAUAUGGAAAAUGUAAAACGGUGCAAAGAGUACAUUGAAAUGGGGCAUUCGUACGAACUUUGCUUAACGACCCAAUUUGUAGGAUACUAUUUCGUGUCGGAUUCUAAUGCACCCUCUGUAGAUUCUCUAAACAUGUAUUUGCAUGUAAGGCGCGUCAAUAAGGUUGCCUACAGUUGUUACAUUCACUACUGGAGAAAAAUGGACGCUGAGUCAGUACCCUUCCAACUAAGUAGCAACCCCGCGAUCGAUGAAGAACUGCAAUUCACAGUCAUGUGCAUUAGUCCCGAGGAAUUCCUCCGAAAGGAUAAAGACGACAUCCUCUUUAGCAAACCAAUCAAAGGGACCAUAAGGAGAGGAAAGUCGAAUGAAGAGGAUUCGAAAAUGAAAGAGAAACUGCUCAAUAGUAAAAAAGACAGAGCCGAAAAUCUUAUGAUUGUAGAUCUCACGACCAACGACCUUCACAGGAUUUGCCAAAUUGAUACCGUUCGUGUCAGCCACUUGUUUCAGAUUGAGAGCUACGCUUAUCUCCACCAAAUGGUUUCCCAAAUAUAUGGAAGGCUUCUCCCUGGGAAAACCUUUGCAGAUGCCAUUGUCAAUGUUUUUCCAGGCGGUUCCAUGACGGGCGCGCCCAAGCCCAUAUCUAUUUCGCUUCUGCAAAGCAUCGAGAAGGCCCCCCGGGGGGUUUACUCCGGAUCCAUUGGGUUCAUCUCCGUGGAGGGAAAUUUUAUCCUUAACAUCGUCAUUAGAACGGCUGUGGUGCAAAACAGGGCGAUUUCCAUCGGGGCCGGUGGCGCCGUCACUAUCAAGAGUGAUGAGACGGAGGAGUACAACGAAAUGCUCCUUAAGUUUAUGAGUGUGGCGAGGCCAAUUUGGUAA